AUGAUGCAGCGGCUGGGCGUCUCAGCAGAUCAAAUCCAUUCUCUCUUGACGGACCAAGGGGGGGUUGGGUCCGGCGAACCAAUGAGCGAGAAAGAGCAGAUGAGUACGGACGAGCACGCGAGUGAGAGAGAGCAGACGAGCGUGGGAGGGCACGUAACUGGGGGUAGGGAGGAAGGUGCGGAGAUGACAAGGGAGGGAUUGGGCAGGUGUGCAGUAGAGGAUAAGCAGCAAGGCAGCGAGUACAGCGAGUGCAGCAAGAGCAGUAACUGUGGAAGAUGGCCUGAUCAGCCCGUUCCAUCCAGUUGGCCCGUCCCCUUCCUUGUGCUCCUGCACGGCUCCCUCUCCCUCUCACCCACCUCUCUUGCCGAAGGCCUUUCCGCGGCCAACAGCUUCAGUCUUUACGAGAGGGAUGCUUAUAAAGGGGACAGAUCUCCCCAUGAGCCUGAUUCGCACGGUCACGGGGAGGGUGACUGUAACGAUGUGACAAGGGGCUGCCGAGGCAGCAGCACCAGCAGGAGCAGGUCGCCUGCGCCCUCCCUCUCGCCCUCCCCGUCCAUCCCCUCGCUAUUGUCACUUGGCUUUGAUGCUGUUGUGAGAAAACCGCUACGGAAACCGGCAUUGCUGGCAGCACUUCAGCCGUUGUUUGCUGUGGGCACGGAGCAAGGUGAGUGUGCAGGGGAGGGUGAAGGAGCAGGAGGCAGAGGCAAGGACAAGGAUGCAGCACAGGGAGGGGUGAGGGUGAGAGACGAAGGUCAUGCUGUGGGAACAAGUUCUUUAAGGCAGUGGGGCAGUGCCGCAUUGGAGCUAGUGAGCCCAUCGGCCCUCCACAAGGCAGGUAGCAGCGCUGCAGCGGCUCUCUGCCGAGCUGUGACGUCCCCCCGGGCACUCACGUCCCCAGAAUCCCUUAAAUCCCCUCAGUCGCUCGAUCCCCCCCACUCGUUUAAGUUGCGCCGAUCUCACUCUCCCACCACUCCCACCACUCCUGCUUCUGACUCGGCCAAAUCCAAAGCUGCUAGCCCCGUGGCACCACGAAACACAUCACCCAAUGCCAACACUGGCUGUGUUACCUCUCCACCAGGGAAAGUGCUGGUGGUGUGUGAGGAGGAGGAGGCAUCGCUCGAAGAACAGCAGCAGCAGCAGCAGCAGCAGGGCAUGGAUGGCAACAGUGCCUCCCUGGUGAACCGAUCUGCUUCCCUCGAGCACCUGAUUGCACCUGCUGCAACCGCACCUGCUGCUGCUGCUCCUGCUGCUUCGACAGGUCUGGCAUCGGUUGCUGUUGCAGCAGGUGGAGGUGGUAAGGUGACAGGAGGCAGGACCCUUGGGAGAGGCACCAGUGACGGGGAAGCACCUGGUUUGGGUGAAAGGAAGGCGUGGGUGCAAGGGUCAGCAGGCGAGAGGAGAGGAGCUGGGCGGUCCCGUGCAAGGCAGAGUGAUAAGAGGAAAAGCACAAACACCAGAGGUGCUGGUGGCAGUGAUGGUGCUGCUGCUUCUGCUGCUGGUGGUGGUGGUGGUGGCAGAGUGAGUGGGUUUGAGAGUGUGCUGGACUUUGCAGGGUUUUCUCCCGCUACUUCAGCUUCCUCGGUUGGCACACUUUCCCCUGCCCUUACAACCUUUGAGGCGCCUCAAAAGUCUUUAUCCGUUGGGACUCUAUCGCCUGCUCUUACAUCUGUUGAAGGGCCUCAAAAGUGUUUAUCGGUUGGCACACUGUCGCCUGCCCUUACACGCACACCGUCACCAUCAUUCUCACCAACCCCAGCUCCCGCCACACCACCACCAGCAUUCCCAACAGCAGCACCGCCAGCAGCCCCAGCAGCGGCAGCAGUGGCUCAAGAGCCGGCAACUGUUGGGGAGAGGUUGAGCGUGCUUUCAGGUCGGCGGGUGAUGGUGGUGGAUGACAACGUGGUGAACCGCAAGGUGGCCAGCAAGCUGCUGGAGAGGCACGGCGCGCGAGUCACCGCCGUCGAUGGCGGCGCCAAGGCCCUUCAAGCCCUUGCUCCGCCCCACCCCUUCGAGCUGGUUUUUAUGGACCUCCAGAUGCCGGGCAUGGAUGGGCUGGAGGCGACUCGGAGGAUCCGGGCGCGGGAGAGGGCUGAGGGCGGGGGGCAUGUGGCCAUCAUUGCGCUCACAGCGGAUGUGAUUGCCGGCACGCGCCAGCAGUGCUUUGCCGUCGGCAUGGAUGACUACCUCUCCAAACCCCUUGACGACGGCCCCCUCUCCCACGCUGAGAAAAGAGACGACAAGCGAAGCAACACCAAGGAGCGUGUCCUGGCUCAGCAUCCGAGUCACUUUGUCAUUGCUGCUCUCACUUACCUGCAGUGCCAUCGCCUCCUUCCGCCCGACUCCAAAGUCCCUGGAGUGGGACUACGUAGACACAGCUCUGUCCAUAUGGAAAUACCAAGCCUCAUCGACGCUUUCUUCGAAAACGGGUGGUUUGACUGGCUCGUGCAACCUAAAUUCUUCCGUCACGGUCACUACCCAAACUACCUCGAUGGUCGUCCGCAUUAUGGGUGCCAAAGGAGCGACCGCCGCAUCGUUCUCCCCUCCCAGCUACUACAGGAACAGCACUAG